AUGUCCGCUCCUCAUCAAUACCACCAGCCAAAUGCGCCAGACGAUAGCGACUCCGACCUCGAACUGGACCUGGAAGAACUCGAUCCCCUCGCUGCAUCCUCAAAUUCUGCGACUUCCCCUCCGCGCCGCCCGUCGAAGGAGCAACAUAAGCCGUAUCAGCUGGAGGCAAGGAUACCUCUGCGCAAUCUGAGGGUUGGCAGACUGCGAGCAUUGAGAAGAAACACCGCAUCACCGAGCUACGACGAUGAUGAGGAUCUCCGGGGCCUCAUCGAGGACGACCAUGACACCCAGAGGAACUCCGCAGGUAGCUCUGGCACCAUCGGGGACGACGAUGCGCCGCUUCUCUCCUCUUCACAAGUUAGGAGGAGAACGCCGCGAAAUCCGAGCGCUAUGGCUAGACUUGGAUCAGCCCUUCGUCUGCCGAGCUUCAUAUCUUCACAAACACGACCGAUGACACCGGGGGGCCAUCAUCCAGCUGAGGACGAGGAAGAAGCGGAGGACGAACACGAUCCCAGCUCAAACCGGAACAUCGCAGUUGGCCAACUCCAGACCUCUCGAUUCCCUCCAAACGCGGUGUCCAACGCCAAAUAUACCCCGUGGAGCUUCCUACCGCGGACCCUGUACAAUGAAUUCUCCUUCUUCAUCAACAUGUAUUUCUUGCUUGUAGCAUUAUCUCAGAUAAUACCCGCAUUACGGAUCGGAUACCUCUCCACCUAUAUUGCACCCCUCGCAUUUGUUAUAUCUGUCACACUCGGAAAGGAAGCCCUCGACGAUAUUGCCCGACGAAGAAGAGACGCCGAAGCAAACUCAGAGGGAUACACGGUUUUGCGAUUUGAAGAUAAUAGUCGAAAUGGCGUAGCCAACACCAAGACUUCGGACAAAAAGGGCAAGGGACGGAAGCCAAAGGGCAGGAGUGGGAUGGGUGCCCGCCGGCUAUCGGACAUUGAGGACGAGGAACGAAACAUGUCCACCACGACGGGAAUGCCGACAUCUAGCUAUCAAGAGAUAGUGAAGCCAUCUCGCGACCUUAAAGUCGGUGAUGUCGUGAAGCUUGGGAAAGAUCAACGAGUCCCGGCCGAUAUGGUGUUGUUGAAGAGUUAUUCCAAUGAGGUUGCCGCCUCUGCCCCCGAGCCCGCCCCGUUUGAACACCCAGAGUUGUUGGAUUUAGGUGUUAGUGCUGCCUCAGGGUCACUGGAAAAGCCUCAAACCCCAUCGAAUGCUCCAGAGCCGACUGGAGAAGCCUUCAUCCGAACAGAUCAGCUGGAUGGUGAGACGGACUGGAAGCUUCGAAUCACAUCACCGUUGACUCAAUCUCUCGACAUUGGGGAAUACACCAGGCUCCGGGUUGUUGCGGGCAAGCCAGACAAGAAAGUCAACGAAUUUAUCGGUACGGUCGAGCUGCUCCCAAAGUCACGCCGAGAGUAUGACCCACAUAUCAGCCGAGACGAAGGAGGGCCAUCCACAGCCACUGAACAAGUCAAGUCUGCUCCAUUGAACAUCGAUAGCACGCUUUGGGCGAAUACGGUAGUGGCUUCAAGCUGUGCGGUACUUGCCGUAGUGGUAUACACCGGCUCCCAAACACGCCAAGCCCUGUCUACCUCUCCCUCAAGGUCGAAGACCGGUCUACUUGAGUACGAGAUCAACUCUUUGACUAAGAUCCUUUGUAUACUCACAUUGAGUCUCUCGUUCAUCCUGGUUGCAGCCGACGGCUUUCGCGCCCAAGAUGGAAAUCAGUGGUAUGUCCUCGUCAUGCGAUUCUUGAUUUUGUUCUCAACGAUCGUACCCGUUGGGCUGCGCGUCAAUCUGGACAUGGGGAAAUCUGUUUACGCUUAUUUGAUUGAACACGACAAAGAGAUCCGGGGAACGGUAGUGCGCACGAGCACGAUUCCCGAGGAUCUUGGUCGGGUAGAGUACUUGCUUAGUGACAAAACUGGAACUUUGACGCAGAACGAAAUGGAAAUGAAGAAGAUACAUGUUGGUACCGUCUCUUACGCCAACGAAGCCAUGGACGAGGUGGCCUCCUACGUUCGCCAAAGUUUCAUCGUUCAGCCAUCUGGUGACGCCACAGCUCCUCCCCCAUUGAUCACGCCCUCCUCUACAUAUGUCGCUCCCCUGACAUCUGCUACAAGAACGCGAAGGGAAAUCGGAUCUCGUGUUCGUGAUGUCGUCUUAGCGCUUGCGUUGUGUCAUAAUGUCACGCCUACAACCGAGGAGAAGGACGGCGAAACCGUCAUAUCGUAUCAAGCUUCAUCUCCCGAUGAGAUUGCCAUCGUUCGCUGGACUGAGGCUGUUGGUCUUCGACUGCUGCAACGUGACCGACACUCCAUGGCCCUCCAAUCUGUCGAGACAGGGAAACUUGUCGUGCGUGUCAGGAUUCUUAACGUAUUCCCCUUCACAUCUGAAGGCAAGCGUAUGGGCAUAGUUGUCAAAUUCUGCUCCGGCACCUCAUCCUCACCCACAGAAGACGACGGCGACAUCUGGUUCUACCAAAAGGGCGCCGACACUGUCAUGAGCACCAUCGUUGCCGCCAACGACUGGCUUGACGAAGAAACCGCCAACAUGGCCCGCGAAGGCCUCCGCACCCUCGUCGUUGGCCGGAAAAAGCUCUCCGCUGGCAUAUACGAAGAGUUCCUGUCCAAAUACUCGCAAGCCGCCCUCGCCCUCCACAACCGCGACACUGCCCUCGCCGACGUCGUCAAAGCCUACCUUGAAAAUGACCUCGAGCUACUCGGCGUCACUGGGGUCGAGGACAAGCUCCAGAAGGACGUCAAAUCGUCCCUUGAGCUCCUCCGCAACGCUGGUAUCAAGAUCUGGAUGCUGACGGGUGAUAAAGUUGAGACCGCGCGCUGCGUCGCUGUUAGCUCUAAGCUCGUCGCCCGGGGACAGUACGUUCAUACCAUCGCGAAAAUGAAGCGGAAAGACCUCGCGCACGACUCUCUCGACUUCUUACGUGGCAAACCAGACGCUUGUUUGCUAAUUGACGGCGAAUCCCUCGCGCUCAUGCUGACGCACUACCGCGAGCAAUUUAUCUCCAUCGCCGUCACCCUCCCCACCGUCGUCGCGUGCCGCUGUUCUCCUACCCAAAAGGCCGACGUCGCGAAACUCAUCCGCGCACACACCAAGAAGCGCAUCUGCUGCAUCGGCGACGGUGGCAACGACGUCUCCAUGAUCCAAGCGGCGGAUGUUGGCGUCGGAAUCGUGGGGAAAGAAGGACGCCAAGCCAGCUUAGCUGCCGAUUUCUCGAUCGAGCAGUUCUGCUAUCUCACCAAGCUACUCGUGUGGCAUGGGCGGAACAGCUACAAGCGCAGCGCAAAGCUCGCCCAAUUCGUCAUCCACCGCGGUCUCAUCAUCAGCGUCUGCCAAACCGUCUACAGCAUCGCUACCAAAUUCGCUCCGAACGCUCUCUACCGCGACUGGCUCCUCGUCGGCUACUCCACAGUCUACACCAUGGCCCCCGUUUUCUCCCUCGUGCUCGACACCGACAUCCCCUCCUCUCUCGCGCACCUCUACCCGGAGCUCUACGCCGAGCUCACCACCAACCUCACCCUCUCCUACCGCACCUUCUUCAUCUGGGUCCUCGUCUCCAUCUACCAGGGCUCCCUUAUCCAAGUCCUCUCCCAGUUCCUCACGCCCGCUCCCGCCACCUCGCAGACCCCUCCUCCCUCCACCGACCUCGACGUCGGCAGCCCGGGCUUCUCGCGCAUGGUCGCCCUCUCCUACACAGCGCUCGUGCUCAACGAGCUCGUCAUGGUCGCGAUUGAGAUCAUCACGUGGCACUGGGCCAUGUGGCUGAGUAUUCUGGGCACCGCGGGCGUGUUUUUCGCUAGUCUGCCGUUUUUGGGCGAUUAUUUUGAUUUGGGGUUUGUGGCGAGUGGCGCGUUUUUGUGGAGGGUCGUGGUCGUGGCGGGGGUCAGUUUGGGGCCGCCGUAUGCGGUCAAGUGGAUAAGGAGGUUGUGGCGGCCGCCGAGUUAUCGGAAGGUUAGGGGGGUGUAG